GUCGGGGGCGCGCAGGGGAGGCGGAGAGGCGCGCUCCCGGGGCUGCUGCUGCUGCUGCUUCUCUUCCUGCGAUCAGGACCAAGGCUGCUGCUGGCAUUGCAAAGCAAGGAAGGCAAGGCAAGGAGGCAGGCAGCAAGGCAGCAGCGGUGAGGCUGGGAGACCCUCCCCAAAAAGGAGGGCAGGGAUCUAGGGUCCCCCGGAAGAGCCAUUGGGCAAUGGAGGGCCCCCAGGAAAGGAGAGGAUCGGGGGCUCCCUAGGAAAGGAUUGGGGAUCCUCAGCAAAGAAUCUGGGCUCCCCAAGAAGAGGUUUGAGGCUCUCCAGCAAAGGAUUUGGGGGUUCCCCAGGAGAGGAUUUGGGAUCCCUCAGGACAGGCAUUGGGGAUCCCCAGGAAAGAAUUGGGGGGGCUCCUUAGGAAAGAACUGGGGGUUCUCCAGGGCAGAAUUUGGGGUCCCCAAGGAAAGGAUUUGGGGGUCACCCAAGACAGACAUUGGGGCUCCCCAGGAAAGAAUUUGGACUCCCCAAGGAGAGUAUUUGAGGCUCCCCAGCAAAGAAUCUGGGGUUCACCAUGCAAAAUUUGGGGGUUCCCCAGGAGAGGAUUUGAGGCUUCCUAAGAAAGGAUUUGGGAUCCCUUAGGACAGGCAUUGGGGAUCCCUAGGAAAGAAUUUGUGGUCCCCAAAGAAAAUAAACUGAGAUCUCCUAGGAGAGAAUUUAGGGCUCCCUGGGAAAGAAUUUGGGUCUCUCCAGGAGAGGAUUUGAGGGGUCCCUCAGGACUGAAUUUGAAGCUCUCUGCGAGGGAAUCUGGACUCCCCAGGACUGAAUUUGGGACACCUUUGAGACAGAAAUCUGUAGUGCCCUAGGAGAGAAGCUAGGCACAAGGGUACCCUGCAACAGAUCUUGGGGUCCCCUUAGUGCAGAACUGGGGACUCUUUCUAUACAGAAAAUCCAGGCUCCAGAACUUGGGUCUCCUUUAUGACAGAAAUUGAUAGAAACGGAGAUCAGAAGUUGGGGUCCCUAGGAAGAAAACUGGGGCCUCCUCGGGAAAUAAACCGGGGCUCUCCGAGGCAGCAUUUGGGAAGAAACAGGGGUUCCUCUGGAGAGAAAGUGGGUUCCCUUCAAGCAUGUGGCACGUGCCAGAAGUCCAUGUGCCAGAAGCGCAUGAAGGAAAGCUCUACCCGGAAGGACAGUCUUGGGGUGCAACCAAGGUGUGGGUUCAGGUCUAGAAGAGACAAGCAGGGUUCCUUCUCAGUCUUUAGCAGGAAAGACCCAAGGGGCAUUGAAGUGAGGAGGGUCACCUGCUCCUUGGCCCAGAGGGUUGGUGUUGCCCACUCUGCCUAAGCAAGGAGAGACGCUCACCUGGCAGGUGGGCCACCUCCUUCCUCCCAUGGCCACCAUGCUGCCCUGGCGCCGGAACAAGUUUGUCCUGGUGGAAGAUGGAAAUGGGCAAAAGUCCAAGGGCAAAAGUCUGGGUCCGGGCCUGAGUUAUGGCUCCUUGCUCGCCAACCUGAUCCGCUCCUGCCCGGACCUCUGGCCCGAAUGUCCGUUGCAGCGCCUGGGCAAUGUCUUCUGCGGCAAACGCCAGAAGGUGGAGCUGAACAAGGAUGACCCGACCUACACCGUCUGGUACCUGGGCAAUGCCGUCACCUUGCAAGCCAAGGGCGAGGGCUGCACUGACGACGCCGUGGAGAAGAUCUGGGCCAAGAGCGAGUUCGGGGCCCAGAGCACCAAGAUGAAGCUGACUCUGGGGCCCCAUGGCAUCCGGAUGAACCCCUCCGAGAAAGGGGCCCGCCGUCCCAGCCACGCCUACCUCCUCCAUCGCAUCACCUACUCCGGGGCCAACCGCCGGCGCCCCAAAGUCUUCGCCUGGGUCUACCGCCACCAGGUCAAGAACAAGGCGGUGGUCUUGCGCUGCCACGCCGUGCUGCUCUCCAAGGCCGAGAAGGCCACUGCCAUGUCACUGCUCCUCGGCCAGACCUCCUGCUCGGCCUUCAACGAAUUCAAGCGCCUCAAGAGGCAGAGCGAUUCACGCCAUGUCCACCAGGAGCUCCUGGGCAAUGCCAUCAUCCCACUGGUACCCCUCCGGAAACUUCUGAAUUGCAAAUGCCCCUACAGGCCUCCUCCAGAGAGGAACCGGAGUGCCCCCCGGCUUAGCUCCAUCCAAGAGGAGGAAGAAGAGGAAGAGGAGAAGAAGGAGGAGGAGAAAAUAGGGUGCCACUCUACCUCCGGGGCUUAUACCUGGGGUGCUUCGGCAGCAAACAGCGUCAAUCGCAUCCAAGUCGGUGGCAUCAUCUGCAUUGAAAGGGGUGCCAACACAUUGGGUGGUUCCACCUCUAAGAGCAUCCUUCUCCUCCGCACCUUCGACGGCACGACUCCUGGCCACAACGCUGCCACCAUUUUGGUGCCUAGUGGCAGGGAGAGGUCAGAGGUCCUCUCCUUGGCCCAGGAGCUGCGGUUCUGCACUUUGAGAGGUCCUCUGUCCCCCAUCAGCGUCCCGUCUUGGGAACCCCGGGACGCCUCUCCUUGCUUGCCAUGUUAAGGAUCCUAGAGCCAUUGUCUUCUCGGUUUACAUUCAGACAUUUUCUUUGAUGGAUUUCUCAGAAGGAGGAGAGUGGGCGUCUGUGGAACAUUUUGUACUCUUGGCUGCUUUUGUGCACCAACCACCUUGUCUCCACACUCAAGGCUGACAGAUUGCGCCUCCCGGUUGGGUUUGAUAAACACGAUUUACAUGUGCUGAUGCUCUCCAGCUUCCAUCUUGGUUCGCUGUUUGGACUAAAACUCUCUGUUCCAGCUUCUCCAGGGACUUUGGGGGUUUCGGCUGUCCUCUUCAGAGGAAACACCAACCCGUGCCUAUGACUUGGAAGUCCAGCCAUGAACCUUUGGGGAAAGGAGAUCAUGACCGGUUCUGGCCAGGUGUCCAUCGUGAGAUUUUCGGGUGGAUUUUUGCAGCCUUGGCCGGCAAAAGGAUUGAGAUGAGAUGGCAAUGGAGUUUGAUCCUUGUGUGCUUGCAAAACAUCCAGUGCACUGUGGGAGGUGGCACAGCCAUAGUGCAAUUUUUCAAAGUUGCUCAGAAUGGGAAAGGGGUGGAUAGUUGUAUAGAUAUCUCUGUGUCUGUCCAUAUGCAGAUAUUUAUUUAUACAUAAAGAAUGGUUGUCCUUGGAAUUUGAAUCUGUACUUCG